AAAAACUUGGAGAGGAAUUUGUUCGGACCUUUAGUGGAGAUAUGAGAAAGUUUUUCGCGGGGACGUGAAUGCUCUCUACUACACUUCGGCUAUUCUAAAAUAGUUAAAAAAAAAAAAAGCUAAACGUGAGGGUGACGGGAGAUGGGUGUGAAAACGAGAGUGUUGACAGGAAUGCUCUGGAUUAUCUGUGCAUAGAUCACGGUGUGGUGCCAUAGUGGCCCUGUACAGAUGGACAAGAGCGUCUGUUUCGAGAGAACAGUGUGUCUCAAAUAGAACCCAUAGGGUAUGGCCUUAAAUGGCCUUCCUCUUUGUAUUUGGCACCAUCCUGGGACAAUGGGGGGCGUGGCACACCUGAGAACUCGGGGAUAAAAUGCCCCCAGGCACCACCGAGUCUUUAUCAGAGAGCGUGUCUGACCCUUUGCUGUCUCUAACCCCUCUGUGUCGAAUUGAACAUGGCCCCCAAGAAGAAGGAAGAGCCCAAACCAGCAGCUGCGCCUAAACCCCCAGAGCCCGAACCACCCAAGGAGCCUGAGUUUAACCCCGCUGAAGUCCAGAUUGAAUUCACUGCUGAGCAGAUUGAAGAUUUCAAGGAUGCCUUCCAGCUGUUUGACAGGACACCAACCAACGAGAUGAAAAUCACCUUUGCUCAGUGUGGUGAUCUGAUCAGGGCUUUGGGUCAGAACCCCACCAACGCUGAAGUCUUGCAUGUUCUUGGCAAACCCAAACCUGAAGACAUGCAGGUGAAGAUGUUGGAUUUUGACCAGUUCCUGCCCAUGCAUCAGCACAUCUGCAAGGCCAAGGACCGUGGCACAUUUGAGGACUUUGUUGAGGGUCUGAGGGUGUUCGACAAGGAGGGAAAUGGUACAGUGAUGGGUGCUGAGCUCAGACACGUCCUCGCCACUCUUGGUGAGAAGAUGAAGGAAGAUGAGGUGGAGCAGCUGAUGGCAGGCCAGGAAGAUGCAAACGGCUGUAUAAACUAUGAGGCUUUUGUAAAGCACAUAAUGGCUGGUUGAACAGAUGAUGAAGAUACAUCAGUCGAGGAUUCAGAAUGAUUUCAGUUGUUUUUUUGUUGACUUUCACUGACUUGAUCUGUCUCCAUCCAUCUCUCAAACUUUCCCUUUUUAUAUGGCACCGCCGUCUGUUACACCUAAAGUGACUCCAUCAUUCAUCAUGCCUGUUUUUUAUGUGGAUAAAAAAGUAUUAAAUGUCAUGCUUGGUUUAAAAGCCAUCUCUUUGA